AUGUGGACUUCGGUCAACGAGGUCUUGGAGUACGCCAGGGCCAUAUCCACGCCCAAUAAGGUCGGGCACGCCGUACUAUUCGAGGUCCAGCGGAAGGAAGCACAUAUUAAGCCUACGAAGCCGUUUAAUAACCGCAUUAAGGAGGACACUUGGGCCGUGGUGGAAGGGGACUCCAACACUACGUCGGAUACGCUCCGGCCGGCAGCACUCAAAAUACUCAUUAGCAUACUAGACCACCAGCUUAAGAGAGGGCAGUACGAGAACGCGAUAGCAUAUACGCAAAGUCAAUACGAUGUCGCUCGUCAGGCCGCUACGACGGACGAGGGGGCGGCCGAUGAUGGCAUAGAGAGUCUCUUUGUCUACGUCCGUCGCAUGGUACAGAGGUUCAUAACGCGUACGCCCGGGGCCCCCCAAGCCGAGCCAACACCGAUGGAUUGGAUUCUCGAGACGCGGACACGGCGUAAUCGACUAGACCAGUUAUCGGACAUGCUCCACGGCGUCGUCAACGAGGCCAGGCUACUAUUAGCACAGCUCACGAUAGUCACAGGCGGGGACGAGCAGGGCGACGCAGUGUCGGACAGCAGCCAGGCGAGGAGCUGUCUAGACGAAGCGCUGCCGCGUAUUCACUGGCCGUCGAUCGAGGACGACCAUAGCGAGACCCGAGAGGGUUACUCGUUUCUAUACGACGACCGCAACGCGUGGCUAAGGGAAGGGGACGGGUGGGUGUUCCGGCGUAUCGUGGGGUCCCAACCGCGGCGGCGGGGCCAGCCGGGACGGGCAACGGAGAUAGGUAGCUUACGGGUAGCUAAUAUGGUAAACGGCGGGGAAGCAGAAGGCAUCACGAAGCAGGCCCACCACUAUAGCGCUUUCUUAUGGGCCGACGAGGUCACACAGAAGAGGAGCGGCGGAGGAGCGGCGACGGUAACCAGCGUAGAUAUCGACAACGCGGGCGACACUGCCGAGGACGGGGACAAGGGUAGGGCGGCCAGCCGGCUACUCGGUAACAAGCUGAACGUGAGUAUGUGGCGGCAUAUUGCUAUCGCUAUCGCCAACCGAUUCUUACACGAGGCGUUCGGGCGGUGGGAUCUAGGGAAGAAGGGAGACGACGAGGACGAAGACGAGCUCGGUGAUAGCCCCGGGGUAGCGGCUAAGCAGCAGCAGUUUCGUAAGGUCAGCUCGCAGUGGCAUCGGUUCUUGGGGUUUGGGGACGAGGACCGGGCGAGCGACGGUUACCGCAGCGGCUCGAAGCGAAAGGUAGAGCUCUACGACGGCGUCCGUCUCGAGGCCCGGCUACGGCGGUUCGCACGGCUACAGCAGGCGGACAUGGCCGGCCGGCUACGGCAGAUGACGGGGGACGACGCAGCGACGUUCCGCGGGAACCAGGCGAAGGUAGUCGGGGCUAUCGUCAACGGGCAUAGCCCGAUCAUCCAGGUAAUGGGCACGGGCAGCGGCCGUAUCCAUUAUCUUCGUUACGCCUAA